AUGGGUGCCGAUUGGGGACCGGUUGUGGUGGCGGUGGUGAUGUUCGUCCUACUGUCACCGGGACUGCUAUUCCAGCUACCGGCGAGGGCAAGGGUGAUUGAAUUCGGCAACAUGUAUACCAGUGGCAUUUCCAUUCUAGUUCAUGCCAUAUUGUACGUCUGUAUAUACACCAUUUUGAUCAUUGCAAUUGGUGUGCACAUACGGACUGCCGGUGUAGAUGUGAACAUGGACGGCAAGGAUGAGGAUAGCGUAGAUGACGAAGAAGAUGAGAGUGUGGACUGCGAUGGACUUGCCGUUGGUCUUCAUGCUCCCGAAAUCCAGGUUUUUGUUGUGUCCCGGGAACUGAAAGAGCAGUCCCGGUUGCAAGAGCACGAAUAG